AGAAGAAUGUCUUCUAUCAAUGACACUGAGUUCCACCCUCCUUUCUUUCUUCUGCUAGGAAUACCAGGACUGGAAAAUGUUCACAUCUGGAUUGCUUUCCCAUUCUGUAUUGUGUACCUGGUUGCUCUUAUGGGGAACAUCCUCAUUAUCUAUGUGAUCAAAACAGAACAUAGUCUCCAUCAGCCCAUGUUCUACUUCCUAGCAAUGUUGUCUAUGAUUGAUCUGGGUCUGUCCACCUCUACCAUCCCCAAAAUGCUGGGGAUCUUCUGGUUCAACCUCCGAGAGAUCAGUUUUGGGGGGUGUCUUGUUCAGAUGUUCUUUAUCCAUGUGUUUACAGGCAUGGAAACAGUGCUGCUGGUGGCCAUGGCUUAUGAUCGCUUUGUUGCUAUAUGCAAACCUCUCCAAUACACCAUGAUCCUCACCAAUAAAACCAUCGGAAUCCUAGCAUCUAUUGUUGUUGGAAGAAAUUUAAUUCUUGUGACUCCAUUUGUAUUUCUCGUUUUGAGGCUGCCAUUCUGUGGGAAUCACAUCAUUCCUCACACAUACUGUGAGCAUAUGGGUAUUGCCCGGUUGGCCUGUGCUUCCAUUAAGAUCAACAUAAUCUAUGGGCUCAUGGUGAUUUCUAACAUCGUUGUGGAUGUGAUUCUAAUUGCUGCUUCCUAUGUACUUAUCCUUCAAGCUGUUUUCCGUCUUCCAUCACGAGAGGCUCGACUGAAAGCUCUCAACACCUGUGGUUCUCAUGUCUGUGUCAUGUUGUGUUUCUACACACCAGCAUUUUUUUCUUUCAUGACACACCGCUUCGGUAAAAACAUCCCUCGCUACAUCCACAUUCUCUUGGCAAAUCUUUAUGUGGUUGUCCCACCUGCUUUAAAUCCCGUCAUCUAUGGAGUCAGGACCAAGCAGAUCCGAGAGCGAGUUGUGAGGAUAUUUGUACAAAAUGAGUAG